UUGUAAACCACACAAAUCAGGAAAGACAUGCGUGUUAACAUUCAACACAAAAUAAAAAUCUCCUCUUUCAUUCUCUUUUCUCUGUAAUUUAUUGGCUUCCCCUCAUCAAAACUAUCCACCCACCCAGGUUUGAGGCUUCUCUCCUUUUAAUUCCAAAGCAUAGGCGAUUGUUUCCUUUGCCUGAUCGGAGUUCAAUUAGCUAGAAUCAUUCAGUUUUUCUGUGCAUAUAAGAUAUUCCCCCUUUUUAAGUAUUCUGUUCGAGCUGUAGGAAUCUAGGGGCGUUUCUAUUGUUGUAAUUUAUUGUCUUUGCUGGGUGGGGCGUAGCUUAAUUCAUCAAUUAGGGUAUUCAAUUUGAUGGAGUAUUAGUGAAGCUGGAAUCUUUACAGGUUUGAAUUGUAUUGUUAUUGCGUGCGAUUUAUCAUUACCUUUGGAUUGAUUAGUUUUGAAGAAUUAGCUUAAAUAGUUGGUACGGGAACCUAAUUGAUUUGCGAAACAAAUAUAGAAUUAGGCUCUUGUUGAUUACCACAAGAGGAUGGUGGAUUCAAUAGCUGCAACGUCUCUCUUAGGGCACCGGCCGAUUUUUAGUAGCUAUAAUUGGAAAUAUGCUGCCAACAAGCAUAACUGCCGCCUGUCUUUUACCAAGUUAGUGGAUAGGAAAGAUGGUUUCUCAUCUCCGGUGCGAAGAUGGCAUGUCAAACACCCGAUUAGGUCUGUGAUAAAGGCUCAGGCUGCUGAAUUGACUAGGGAGACACACUCCUAUCGCGAGGAAGACCGAAUACCUAGAGGGUUUAGGCCGGGGAUUGACUCUGGUGUGGAUAGUCGGCCGGGGCUGUGGCCACCGGAAAACAAGGCUGACAACCCUGGCCUUAAGAAUCCGUUGCUUCGACAUGAGAGGAUGGGUUGUGGUUGGCUAGGUGCUAUAUUUGAGUGGGAAGGGGUGUUGGUUGAGGACAAUCCGGAUCUUGAGAAGCAAGCUUGGUUGACUCUUGCGCAGGAAGAAGGGAAGUCGCCACCACCGGCCUUUAUGCUUAGGCGAAUAGAAGGGAUGAAGAACGAGCAGGCUAUAGCAGAGGUUCUCUGCUGGUCUAGGGACCCGGGGGUGUUGAAAAGGAUGGGGUCUAGGAAGGAGGAGAUUCACCAAGCUCUGCAGGGCAGUAUGUACAGAUUCCGGUCUGGCUCCGAGACGUUCUUGAACGUUCUGGUGCAUCACAAGGUGCCUGUGGCGUUGGUCUCCACCCGGCCUAGAAAGUCUCUUGAAAGGGCCAUUGCAGUGAUCGGCAUUGAAGGAGUCUUCAGUGUCAUUGUCACUGCCGAGGAUGUCUACAGAGGGAAGCCUGAUCCGGAGAUGUUCAUGUACGCAGCGCAGCUCCUGCAGUUCAUACCCGAACGGUGUAUAGUGUUUGGGAACUCGAAUCUUACAGUUGAGGCCGCACACGAUGCACGGAUGAAAUGUGUUGCUGUUGCCAGCAAGCACCCCGUGUACGAGCUUGGGGCGGCUGACCUUGUGGUCCGGCACCUUGAUGAGCUCUCGGUGGUUGACUUGAAGAACCUUGCUGACAUCGAGGCAAUGGAGCUGGAGCCGGAGUUGGAGAUGGAGGUAGAGGCUGAAGACGACCGACCUCCUUCGACAUCAGUAGGUGUAUAUGAUGAUUUCUGGUGAUACUCUACCCAAAUGUACAGGAUGUUCUAGUUCUUGGGCAUGUACACCUACUUUAUCAUGUGUUGUAGACCAAAAUACAAAUUUGCAAAGGAGAAAAAAGUGUGUAGAAAUGCAGAAGGUAGUCUACAUUGGGUUACCAUGUGCACUAUCAUGUAUGUAGAAUGUUUAUAAUUAAUAAUAUGUAUAUGCUUUUACACUA